AUGUCGAUGUCGGUAGCAGAGAUCUUUUCCGACGCCCAGCGAUCGACCAUCAGCCAUAAAAUCCUCGCAAAACGUCUGCGCCUACUGAAAGACACGCCCGACUUUGAAGCGCACAUCAAGCAAUGCAUCUUUCGUCUGCUAGAUAUCAGCAAAUCCGAAAUUGCCGGAAAUCGAGUCAUCAAGUUUCUUACCGUCUACUUUGAAAACGCCGACGGGUCGAAACAACCUACAUCCUCCAUUCUACUGGGGCUUCUCCCGUAUUUAUGCGCCAAAGACAAAACAGUGCGGUACAGAGCGACGCAAAUCAUUUCCCAGAUUUUCGGAGUGCUGGAGACCAUUGACGACGAUCUGUACAAAGUCAUCAGACAUGAGUUGACCAAACGACUGCGAGAUAAAGUGCCUGCCAUUCGCUUGGAGGCGGUCUUGGCUCUCGGGCGGUUCGUGGAGGAUGAGAUGAACAAUGAAGAGGAAGAGCAGGCUUCGGAGGAAGAUAUUGCUCCCGGCCUACUGGACAAGUUGCUCGAUGUGCUGCAGAACGAUACGAAUGCCGACGUGAGAAGAGCACUCCUGAAACUGCGCGCCACCCCGAAAACCCUCCCCUAUCUCCUUGAGCGGGCCCGAGAUCGCGACGCCCCGACAAGACGGACGGUGUAUUCGAAAGUCUUGCCGUUGCUCGGUGACUUUCGACAUUUGUCCUUGUCAAUGCGAGAAAAGUUGUUGAGGUGGGGUUUAAGGGACCGCGAUGACAAGGUGCGCAAUGCCGCUGCCCGCCUCUUCCGAGAGCACUGGAUAGAGGACUGCGCUGGGUCGGGAAUCGAAAAGGCUGAGCAAGAUCAGGAGACUGAUGCAUCACCAAGGACAGAGAAGACCGGCUUCUACAAACCCAGUAUUCCGGCAUUGGUCGAAUUGUUGGAACGGAUUGAUACGCUGAACACCGGCCACGAGGAUGGCGUUGCUCGUGAAGCGAUGAGGGAAUUUUGGGCAGGUCGACGUGACUACCGCGAGACUAUCACACUCGACGACGAAUUCUGGGAUACCCUGACCGUCGAGUCGGCCUUUAUGGCUCGCACCUUCAACGACUAUUGUCUCCAGGAUCCCACAUGCCACGAAAUGCUUGAGGACAAGAUGCCAGAAGUAACACGGCUGGGGUUUCAUCUGCAAAGGCAUAUCAACGACCUUCUAGUCAAGGUCCAAAGUGCCAACGAAUCUGACUCGGACGAGAAGGUCGCGGAACAGGCCGAACAAGAAUUCAUCGUCGAACAACUACUUCACAUUGCCCAGACGCUCGACUACACCGACGAGGUCGGGCGAAGGAAAAUGUUCUCUCUUCUCCGCCACGCUCUAUCCAUGGCCGAUCUACCAGAAGAGUGUACCCGGCUUACAGUGGAAGCCUUGCGACUGGUCUGUAACCCAGACGCUGCAGGCGAAAGGGAAUUUACUUCGGUCGUGCUCGAAGCCAUCGCGGAAGUGCACGAUAACAUCGCGUCUUCCGACAUCGAGGAGGCCGAGGAGAACGAGGAAGACAGUUUCGUUUCGGCACGCAGCGAAGUCAGCGGCGACUCGUCCGACUCGACGCCGAAGAAUGCUGCCAGCAGAGCGAACAAGCGGCACAAACACCUCUCUGAGGAAGAACAGGAAGCUCAAGCCGUCAAGGAGAUUGUCAUCAACAUGAAGUGUCUGCACAUCGCUCAAUGCAUGCUGCAGAACGUGACGGGCAACCUCCAAUCCAACGUGCACCUGCGCAGCAUGUUCGACAACCUCGUCAUCCCCGCCGUGCGGUCCCACGAGAUCCUCAUCCGCGAGCGCGGCGUGCAAUGUCUCGGACUAUGCUGUCUUCUCGAACCCAAGCUGGCGGACGAGAACAUGCGGCUAUUCACGCACUUGCUCAAAAAGGGCCACGACACGCUCCAGGUCAUGGCGCUGCAGAUCCUGUGCGACAUCCUGCUGGCCCGAGGGCCGACGGCCUUCCAACCACAGCCUGCUCGAGAUGGGUCUGCUUCUCCGAAUGGCAAUGCCAAUACCACCACCGGUGCUGAGGCUGAUGUCAACAAUACUUCCGCCGCGAACACCAGCAAUGCUCACAACAACAAUAUGACCUCUCUUCUGUCGCCGUUUAUCAAGGCCCUCUCGCCCACUUUCCCGCAUGAAGUGCAGGCCACCGCCACGACCAGUCUGUGCAAGCUCAUGCUGUGCGGCUUCUACAAGGACAACGAGGAGCUGUUCGAUCAGAUCGUCGAACGGGCCAUCCAGGUCGUGGCCAAGGGGUGGGAAUUGUUGGAAAAGGUCAAGAAUGCGGUCAUGGUCGAUCGGCAGAAAAAUAAGAUUGGCGAGAAAGAGAGGGAUGGCGGUGUCAUGAUGCCCGCCAUCACGACUACGAGGAUCAGUAAGGGCAGCGCUGGUGAUGGAGGGAGGCUCAGUAGCGAAGGCGUUGAUGGCUGA